AUGAUAUUUGAUACUACAAUUGCAAGACAUUAUGUCCAUAUCAAAGACUUGCAUGAGCUUAGUUCUCUUAAUAAUAGUGGUAGCUUCUUUGUUCUUCGGUUCCGACGCCUUGCCUUCAGAUACAAUUAUGAUAUUAUAAUGUGGUUACUUUGUGUACAUGCAGCAAACAGUCCACAUUUCAGCAAAAGGGUUUGUGGUUCUCAAUGUACAUCAAAUUAUGGACCCCAAAAAUGUUACCAGGAUUGUGUGAAUCCACCAAAAGGGUUUCUCCGAUACACUUUUGUAAAAAUACGUGCAUUAUGCAAUGAGAUAUCAAAACAGUUUAACCAAAUUUAUAUUAGUGUUAUCCUCCAGAAAACAUAUUCAAAUUAUGCUGAGUUGACUACCAAUUAA